UUGCGUCCCCGCACACACACAUAAUUGAUGACCUAAUUGAGGAGCGGGAGGAGGAGAAAAGUUGACUUGUUCCUCCUGUUCAAAUGUAGUCCCACAACUGAGGGCAUUGAUGUGACCGGAGAGGCGUUCAGCGUUUUACUUGCACUUCUUUCCCCCCGUCUUUCACCCUCACACACGGAGCACAAAUCCACCGUCUCACCUUUAGUUUAGCGCGACUGCUUACUUUUCCGUCACUCCCUUGUUUUCUCCCCCUUCCCUUAACUUAUUUUAGGGAGGGGAACGAACAUUCGUCCUUUUCGAAUCGAAGCUGUUCUGAAGAAGAAAACUAACGGUCAACUCCUUCACCCCCGCACCACGCCACUUCGAGUUGUGCGAUCUUCACCGGACUGUCAAAGGAGCCGCAACCCACUUUGGGCCACUCUCACCCGGCCAGAACGCACUCGGCGCCGCGGCAGCAUCUUCAACAUGAGCCUCAAGACGGACCCGGAGCCCAACAACAAUGUCUCCAUGGAGGAGGAGGUACGAACACUGUUUGUCAGCGGCCUACCAGUUGAUAUCAAACCACGGGAACUGUACCUUCUCUUCAGGCCAUUCAAGGGUUAUGAAGGGUCACUGAUUAAGUUAACAUCAAAACAGCCUGUCGGGUUUGUAACAUUUGACAGUCGAUCUGGAGCCGAAGCUGCAAAAAAUGCUCUAAAUGGUAUCCGUUUUGACCCCGAAAGCCCUCAGACCCUGCGCUUAGAGUUUGCUAAAGCCAACACGAAGAUGGCAAAGAGUAAGCUGAUGGCCACACCGAACCCCACAAAUAUCCACCCUGCUCUAGGAGCACACUUCAUUGCACGGGACCCAUAUGACCUGACAGGGGCCGCACUGAUCCCAGCCUCUCCGGACGCGUGGACCCCUUACCCACUGUACACAGCAGAACUGACCCCUGGCCUCCCUCAUGCGGCCUUCACUUAUCCUGCGGCGGCCGCCGCUGCCGCAGCCCUCCACGCCCAGGUGAGGGACCAACCGAUGCGCUGGUACCCAACUCCCUCAGAUACUUCCCAGCCUGGAUGGAAGUCCCGCCAGUUUUGUUAGAUACUUGGCACCCGGAAACCACACCUUUGUCCAGUUGAAGUGAGGUUUGCCAAGCUCAUUAAUUUAAUCAGGUUUAUUUAAUGGACAAAUGUGCAUUAGAAUCAGUAUUUAUAUCCUUGCCAAUUGUCUUUUUGAGGGGGAGUCAGAGUAGAAAAAAAACAUCUUGCUGUUGACAAUCUCUUGUGCCCCCUUUUUUGCGGUACAUCUUAGCACUUGAUAGAACCUUUUGCAAGCUAGUCAAAGCUCCAUGGCUCAUCGUUGCUGAGGGGGGAAAAAAAAAACACCGCAAAGUUGUAGGAGUCCCAAUGUGGCUUACAACUACCCUCAGAAGUGUGAAGACGUUGCAUGUUCAAGUCUUUUUGGCAUGAAUUUAGAACAGUUCUGUGUAUCCUAAUUGUCUUAGUGUUGCCUCUUUCCUUUGGUCUGAGCAGCAAAACCUUUUGUUCCCGUAGCUCCUUGGCCUUAGCUCUGUCAAAGCUUGGCUUUUUGUUCAAUGGCUUGUCUCGCAUGGACCUUGUGAAGGCAUCUUCUCGUUCUGACAAUCCCAUUCCCGUGAUCAUAUCAUUGUCAUUAUUUGACCAGAAUAAAGUACAAGUAUUUUUGUACUUUUUGUGUAAUGUGUGUGUAUAUGCGUUUUUGUGCAACUAAAUGAACAUGUAUACGUUGAAUGUUUAGUUGUCAUUUGUUUUUGGUGGUAAUUUUUGUUCCUGUAAUCCUGUUGGAAUAGUUUUAGAGGAAGAAAAGUGCAAUUUGUUUAAUGGGAAGUGGGGGUAUUUGUCCAAAAAUAAAUGCAAGUAUUCUGAACAUGGCAUGUGCCGUUCUGCUAAAAUGAGAUUGCUGUGAAAUGAUCUUUCAGAAUGUGAAACUGGACUACAAACUUUUGCGGGGGGCUGUUUUGAAAAAGCGAAGCAGGAUUGGAAGAGGUCUAAUUUAGUUUGUGGUUUAGAAACAUGUUUGUCUCUGUAUCUGCUGUGCAUAAGGUGUAAACAAAAAUACCCAUCUUAUGAAUAAAAGAAGUGAAUGCAU